UGCGUGGUUUGGAUCCAUCUUCUCUCUUGGCGCCGUGGCUGGCGGGCUGGUCGCCAUGCUGCUCAAUGAUCUGAUUGGACGCAAGCUGAGCAUCAUGAUGUCUGCAGUGCCAUCGGCGAUUGGGUACAUGCUGAUGGGAGGAGCCGUGGACUUGUGGAUGCUCCAUCUGGGCUGUUUCCUCACCGGCGUUGCUGGAGGGAUGACUGCAGCAUCCAUUCCAGUUUACAUCUCGGAGAUCUCCCACAAAAAGGUUAGGGGGGCUCUUGGCUCCUGCCCGCAGAUCACAGCUGUGUUUGGGACCCUGACGCUCUAUGUCCUUGGUGGGUGCAUGCUGACACUUCUGCAUAAACUGACACUUGGGGUUUGUGGCAGGGUGGAGGAGCAGCAGCCACUCAGGUUGAUGGGUCACAGCUGUGUCCCAUCAGCCUCUCCACCCUGCCUGCCUUCAUAAGGCGGGGCUGCACAGGAGC